AUUCACCACAAUGAAUACACUCUACUCCGACGCCAAGCAUAUAGGAUUCUCGGACGAAAAGAAAAGUCCCCCUGAUUGAUCAUCCAAAAGCCCUGAAUAACAACAUACUUCAUUUGUACGAGCCUCCGCCUUUGACUCGGCGGGUUUUUAAGUUGUUCGGGCGGAUGGAUGAACAUUGUUCAUAUAAACAAAGCCUUUCUCCAUCUUUUUGAAUCUCAAUCAAUUACCAUCACUCCGCCAAUCAACGGAAGGCUUAUCACAUCAUGGCAAAAAGUUCAAGGCUAUCAUCAUUCAUUUUAAUCACUUUUGCUAUCCUCAUAUCAACAGCCUUGGCAUCAACUUUACGAAGAGAAGGCGUUCAAUUUGGAAAAAGACAAUGGCAAAAAAUUGCAACUCGUGAUGUGACCGGGGAUGGUUCUUCGGUCGAUGGUCAAACAUUUGAUUACAUUAUUGUAGGAGGUGGUUUGGCAGGCUUAACGGUUGCAAACAGAAUAUCAGAAGAUCCGGCAUAUUCAGUCUUGGUGAUUGAAGCAGGUCCAGAUAUCUAUGGAGCAGAUCAAUCGAAAUUCCUUGUUCCUGCUGGAAAUCUAUACAACACAGCUGUUGGAACACAAUACGAUUGGCAAUGGCUUACCAGCUCGCAAUCAAAUCUAAACGGUAGACAACUCCAUUGGCCUCGUGGAAAAGUCUUGGGUGGUUCAUCUUCCAUUAAUGGACUUUAUAUGAUUCGUGCAAGUAAGAUCGAACAUGAUGCAUGGGCUUCGCUAAACAAUGCAACGGAUAAAUGGGAUUGGGAUCAUAUGUUAGCCGCAAUGAAAAAAUCAGAAGAUUUUCAAGAACCUGCUCAGCAAGUACGACAAGCAGUACCAUCCUUAGGUUGGGAUUCUACCUCACACGGAACUGACGGUCCCGUUCAUGUAGGAUGGCCAGCCGUUUCUUAUCCUGCCAUCGAAGGGUUCCUGCAAGGAAAUGCACAGACCGGUACUCCAAUCAGUGUGAAUCCCGAUAAUGGAGAAUCAUGGGGCGCAUUUGUCGGUACUUCUGCGAUUGACAAUUCGAACUGGCAACGAUCUUCCAGCAGAACGGCUUAUCUGAACGGCGCUGAUCAACGACCAAAUUUGCAUGUUUUGACUGGUAAUCAAGUAACGAAAAUAUUGACUAAAGGAAGUGAAUCCGAUGGCGGCGUGAAUGCAACCGGAGUGCAAUUUGCACAAUAUUCAGGCGAUCAAAUUCGAACGGCAUAUGCCCGUCGUGAAGUAAUUUUGAGCGGAGGAGCGAUCAAUUCGCCUGCUCUUUUGCAAUUGAGCGGAAUUGGAGAUGCACAACAAUUGCAAAACGUUGGAGUUGACUCAGUCAUUGAUUUGCCUGGUGUUGGUCAUAAUGUUCAAGAUCAUUUGAGCUGGUCUAUCUCCUAUGCUCCAGGCGAAGGCGUUGAAAUGCCUGCUGCAAGUGUGACAGGAAAUGCACAAGCAGAUUCAUUCGUUAAUUCAGCUACCUCGUAUGUCAACACCACCACACUCUUCGGCGCUGAUGGAGCUCAACAAUUGAUCAAUCAAGCCAGAAGCGGUUUGGAUAACGCAAUCAAUUCCGCCAAUGUUCGUGAUGAAGUGAAAGCGGCAUAUAGAGCAACAAUGAAUACGCAAAUCAAUGAUGUUUUCUCAAGUGCAAUUGGACCAAUCGAGAUUUUGCACGCAUUGACGUAUGGAACGAUCCAACUACAAGUAGCAUUGCAACACCCCUUGUCACGCGGAUCUAUCUUGAUCAAUUCAGCAGACCCGUUCAACGGACCAACGAUUGAUCCAGGAUACUUGAACUCGGACAUCGAUUUGCAAAUGUUGCGAGCAGGUUUCAAACAAGCAAGAAAGAUUGGUCAAAGCUCUGCAAUGAGCAAUUAUCUCGGUCAAGAACUAUCACCGGGUCCAUCAACACAAUCUGAUGCACAAUGGAACGAUUACAUUCGCAAUAACGUUGCUACUGAAUAUCACCCGAGCAGUGGUUGUUCAAUGUUACCAAGAGCGCAAGGCGGAGUUGUUGAUCCAAAUUUGUUGGUUUAUGGAACAAAAAAUUUGAGAGUGAUUGAUUCUAGUAUUCCACCUUUGGCCGUUAGUGCUCAUCUGAUGACAAUCGUUUAUGGAUUGGCGGAAAUUGGAUCAGAGAUUGUCAUCAAUGCACGUCAACCCCCACCUUCGGCAGAUAAUGGUCAGAAUAAUAACAAUUCGUCCGGUAACAAUGGCGCAAGCGGAGGAAAUACAAACACUGAUGGUGGAAGCGGAGGAAAUACAAACACUGGCGGUAGUAAUUUAGGAAUAGCAAGUAGCGCCUGGGCUUCCUCGUUUAGCAUCUCUGGUGGUGUGAUUGCCACAUUGAGUAUGUCAUUGGCAACCCUUUUGCUCUUGUAACUUUUCUCUACUAAUGCACAAUGUACACUAUCAAGGAUUUAUAUCCCACAUAAUGAUGAUCGUUUCAUAUUAUCAACAAUGGCCUGAAAGCUGUACUAUUAGCAGCAGAAAGAAGAGUGGAAAUGGCAUCGUCAAUUUACGCCAUCUCAUUGG